UUGAACCACAAAGUGUUAAAACAAUAUACACAUUUCCCACUUUCCGCAACUUGUUGUUAUCAUAUCUCGUGAUUCAUGAAGACAACAGCCGAUGAUAGCUGAAAUUUUCUUGAAGAAAGUUUUGAGAAUCAUUUUACAUGAUAUCGCAUUUGAAAAACAUCGAUUCCUUUCAUAUUCAGUGAGAAAAUCUCAAAAAAUCUUACAAAUACCACACAGGAAAAAUCGAAGAUAUUCAUUUAUUGCUACCCGAUAUUUGUUAACCACCCAAUAAGAAAUUGUAUCCUGUCAAUCAUACAGUCAGACAGUCAGUCAUUAAUCCUGUUGGUAUCAUCCAAGGUCCACGAUAUUCUUCCAUCACCGAGGAAAAGAUUCCGGUGGAGAAGAUCUCUUCAGACGGUAGGCUUUAGCAGUCGCUGUGAUGUGAACAUGGGCGAACCAUCAUGGUGCGGACUGUGUAGGUGUCCUCCGACUGUCCUGUGGGCAAUGUCUGGCGGAACAGCAUCUGACGUCAGCUUCACCAAGCGAGCAGCCCAAGAACUGAGUCGCUGUUUCAACGGGCUGAGCGUAGGGCGAGCAGCCAAGGGAUCACAGGGGGCCCCGGCAUUCUGCUGCCCCGGGAGCGGGGCCCUCAACGAGACACAGCACCUGCUACAGAGGGCCCGCAUCACAAAGGGCAAGUUUAAGGAGAGGUUGGAUCGAGUUCCACAUGCUAGGACAUUGACGGAGCUGUGGUUGGAGCCAGCAUUCUUGGCGAGACUCUUCAAACAUGUGAGCCCGAAAGAUCGAGCUGUCCUAGCACAGGUGUGCACUGCUUGGCGCGAAGUUUUGUAUCAGCCGAAGUUCUGGCGUGGGAUCCAACCUAUCAUCAAUUUCCGAGAAUUAAAGUCAAGCAAUCCCAGUUCUCGUCUCUCGGUGUACAAAAGCCUGGAUCGUAGAUCCUUUGAUUCCUUGUGUCUAUUUGGUGCUUCUGACGAUGACGUCAGUGAAUUCGUGCAUCAGUGUCCACCUUCCAUGGGCAAAAGAGUUCGUCAGAUUGCUCUGAGGUGUUCGGGUGUCACUGAUAAAGGACUGGAGGAACUUCUGAAGGGCUUCCCUUCGAUAGUGCAGCUGGAGUUAUCUGGUUGUAAUGAGAUUACAGACGCUGCACUUUGGGCAUCAUUGAGUCCACGAAUCGUGUCCUUGACACUAGCUGACUGCAUCCACGUGUCUGAUGACACCGUGGCCGCUGUCACCCAACUGCUGCCGUCAUUGUACGAACUUGACCUGCAGGCUUACCAUGUGACAGAUGCGGCACUGUCCCUCUUGUGCCUCAGAGACCUUAGGGUCUUGAGGUUGAGGUCUUGUUGGGAGUUGACAGACCGUGGACUGAUGGAACUGGCAAGGUCUUUGCCUGAUUUGACUCAGCUCUCCUUAUCCGGGUGCUCCAAGAUAUCGGACGAAGGAGUGAGCUUACUGGCAGAGAAUAUGAGGCAGCUGCGGGCUCUAGACCUCGGAUGGUGCCCUAGAAUCUCUGAUGGUGCCCUAGAGUACAUAGCUUGUGAUCUGAGCCAAUUAGAAGAGCUGACUUUGGACAGGUGUGUUCACGUGACCGACAUCGGACUCGGCUACUUGUCCACCAUGCAACACCUGUGCGCUCUUUACCUCAGGUGGUGUACGCACAUUCGAGACUACGGCAUCAAACACCUUUGUGGAAUGCGAAACCUACAGGUGUUAUCUUUAGCCGGAUGUACACAAGUGACUGCAAAUGGCUUGUCAUCCCUAAUACAGCUUCGCCACCUGCAAGAACUUGAAUUAACUAACUGCAGGGGUGCAACAAGGGAACUGAUACAGUACUUGCAUCAAAAUUUACCACACUGUCUCAUCAUAGAAUGAUUUUAAAGUCAGAUAUUUUGCAGAAAGUAAAGCAUAAUUCAUUUUGGAAGAAGUUUUAAAAAGUGAGAAAUUGAAUAUUACUAAUUUCAAUAAAAUAGUUCCAGUAUUCUCAAUUUGUUGUAGAUUUAUCAAUUUUGUGAUAAGACUAAUAAUAAUCAGGGACUAAAUAUAGCAUUCGCACAAAUUUAUUUUAGAAUUGAUUUUUUUUCCUUCAAAUAGUAAACUUCGCAAUUUAUGCAAAUAUUAUACAUCAAAUCCCAUCAGAAAGGAAAUAGUGAACGAUGAAAGUAUCCACUAAAAUAUUUUUGCUUUAGUAAACAGGAUGAAAAGUAACUUCUCAAAUUCAUGUUGAAAUUACUUUUACUAAAACAUGAGAGUAUACAAUUUACCCAUUAAAGCAUUUAAUAGAACAUGCUAUCUAGCCUCAGUUAUAAAGCUAUUGCUAAAACAACUAUGCUUAGAAACUGAAGAAAAAAAAGGAAAUAAUUUUUUUUUCUAUGUAAAAAUUUUAUAUGUAACGUCUAAUGCAAAAAUCAUGUAAAUAUGAGAAGAUGAACAUAUUGCACAGUCUAUGAGUUGAUGGUCGUCAAAGUGACAACACAAGUGAUAAAAGAAAAAAAACUUUAAAAGUAAUUAGCAAUAUUUUCAAAAUGUCAUUAUUUCAAUCUACUAAUUUUUCGAUAGCUAUAGCUCUAUAGAGAAUUCUAGAAAGUUUUUCAUAUACUCAUUGUAUCAAAUUUAAGGUUGUUGUACUACAAAAUUAAUGUUAUCGAAAAUCCAAUUUAUAGUCUUCGAAGUAGGAUUUAUGGGAUUUAUUAAGUAUCAUUGAAAGUGUUGCCGGUUUCCAUAUUGAAAUGAGAGCUAUAAGCAGUUAUUGGACAAUUAACCUCAUAUACGUACAAUUUUUAAAAAGUGCUACAAUAGCUCUGAAAAUGAUCUAUGUGGAACGGAAAGCUACUUCACCGAUUUGCUAAAGGUCUUCCAUACUUUUAUGAGAAAGUUAUUGAAAAUGAUGAUAAGAGAAAAUAUUUUAAGAAUGUUAAAGAAAAUAUUACAUGUUGUUGUUUCUAUAACUACUAUAGUGGAGAUGAACCAGGAAAAUGGUUCAAUGUCCAAUAAAAACAAGAUGUAACAUCUAAGUAUUGUUUGUUCACCAGGAGAAGGCACUUGACUCCACCUUCGUGACGUGGUAUCUGAUGAUUCUGUUUUGUUGUCUUUUUAAGAAGGUUUAUAAUCACUGCAUUUUGUGGUAAAAGCAAAAGUUUGAAAUCCAUUUUAGUAACAAAAUAAGAACAAUGAAAGUAACAGUAAUCAAGUGAAACAAGUGACGUAAAGGACAAAGACUCCUUCGCUCAUUUGAAUGUGCACCAAAGUUAUGGUAGCCUCAUACACAAGUGCAGUGAUGUGUUCAUCGAUCACCCCAGGGUUAAAAUGAACUAUGAGUUCAAGAAGGCAGGGAAAAGUGCUGUUUUGUUGUGAACGCACAAUACAAAUACAUAGACUGAAGUCAACAAAAAUGAAAAAUUCUAUACAACAUAAUGGUUACAAUUACUCACAGUGCAUGCUUUCUUUUAAAAUAUUAUUGCAGUAUUUUGAGAAUAAAUUCUAUUGGAUUUACUUUGAUAAAAUUUCUUUUUAAAAGCAGGAAUUUUAAAGAUCAUAACAUUUUAAUUGAAUAAAACUUUUAUAAAUAUAACUGCAAAACUAUGAUUUCCUAUAUAAAUGUAAUUCUCUUCAUAUACUUGAUUAUUAAAAAUUGGUCAUAAAAUUUCUGUCAUCCAAACUUUCAACUACAUAUGAGACAGUGAGAGGCAAAGGGAUGUUAGUGGCAAAAUUAAAAAUUUAGAGAAAAACCAGUACAAAUAGUAGGUGAUCCUCUCCUCUGUUUUGGGGCAAGAGAUAGUACUAGUAGCCCUAGUAGGUGUUGUAAUACAGCAUGACUUAGAAAAAAAUUCAAUGAAACCUACCUAUGACCAGAACUUUAAACGCAUUUCACUCAAAACUUGAAAAUGUCCAUUUACAUCCCUUUGCUUCUCACUGCCUAAUAUGAACUGCGGACAAAGUUCAAUAUUGGUAAUUUUACUAUAAAUUAAUGCUUCCUAUUGGUAAUCUUGAUUUAAUGUUAUUAAUUAUGAAUAAAAAAUGCCAAUAUGUUAAACAGUAAUUAAUACGUUGCUAAGCAAUUCGACUAUGCAUUUUAAUAUUUGAUUCUUGAAUUCAACUUUUGUUUGCUUUUAUAGUUUGAUCAUGUAAAUAUCUACUCCCAUAUGCUUAAGACUCAUUGUUACAUGCUAAUUAUAUUUGAUAAUUAUGAAGGUAAUUAAUAAGUAUAGUACAAAAAUUAUUGGUUGCUAUUUGUUACAAAUUUACUAUCAACUGAUUCGGAGGAGUUUAUCACAAGCAUUUACAACUUAAUUUAUAUUCUAUGCAGUUGAGAGGCAGGGUAAAAUCUAUUUAAUUGCAUUUUUAGAGUCAUUUUCAUGUUUGUGAAGUAAUUUAAAAAAUAAAACAGAAGAAAGAAAACAAUGUCUCACCAAAUAAUACCCACAAAUGAAACAACACACUAAUAAAACUUUUAUCUUUACUAUUUCUAUUAUUAUUAUUAUUCCUUUAUUUAUAUUUAGCGCCAUAGAAGAUUACAUUUUACAAGAAAAUAACUUCUUAUGAAGUCUUAGUUCAUAAAAUUCUUUUUUUGAAGCCUCGAAUAUUGUUAUUAAACGAUUUUACACUCAAAACAAAAAUUCCUCUAUGCACCCCAAGUAAAAGAAAAAGAAACUGAGUUCAUUUUGAAUCAACAAUUAAUCGAGCACAUUUUUUUUUUACAUUUAUAACAAAAUAUAACUUUUAAAAGAUCUAACUUGUUUUGUUCAACAACGUCUCAAUGUAUAGCCAUACGCAGAUAGAUUUCUCAAAAUUACUCUUUGAAAAAUUUGAAAACUUUAAGCAGUUUCUGCAUGAGGAUGAUCAAAAACUUAGAAAAAUUAGUUUUAGAGUACGAUUUAUAUAUGGAUGCCCCAAUUGCCAAAUCGAUUAACUCCAAUUUUUAAAAAAAUCCUCAUUUCUGCUUUAAUAGUGCUUAAUCAAUGCUUAGCAUGUGAAUUUAUAUUAAAGUUUUGGUUCAUCACAUUUCUGACCAUGUAAUGGCAGAAAAUUUAACACGAGGGCCUAUUCACUCCUAUGGAUAACACUAUCUUCAUCAUAACUUUUCUCGACUCUUUGUUUUAUGGAGUUGAUUGAUUUGGCAAAUGAGGCGCAAUGAUUAACGCCAUGUGUUAAACAAACGUUCUAGUAACCUUUCUUCUGGUACAUCUUCAUCAUGCAUUAAACUAUUUUUGAAGAUCUUAGAAAAUUCAUUUCAUAACAUUCCCUUUUUGGAAUGUCAAGGACAGCAUUUGCUCAUGAUACUUGUAGCAAACAUGUUGGAUAUAUUCUGCAGUGGUUCUCAUGUUAUAAGAUUUUCAAUCAUUGUAUUAUUUCUAAAUGUUCACAAUAAAAUACAGACUAAAUUAACGAUAAAACUGGCCAACAAGCAUUUUUAUCAAACAUUAUUAAACAAACUCAGAUUUUUCUCAGUAAUCAUUCAAAUAACAAUAACUUCUUUAAUAUGCACAUAUGUGAAAAAUAAAAUACAAAAUAUAUUGUAAUGGAAAUGUUGGCUACAUUUCAAUAUUGAAAAUAUAAAACUCAUUAGAAGUAACGGUCAUAAAAUCUUAUUAAAGAACAGGACUUACAAGGUUUGACUUAGGAAAAAUUCAGAUUGUUAUUUUUUAUGUAUUAUACAGAAAAUAUUUCCUAAGAAAAGUUUAGUAAAUAGUUUACAAUUGUUUCAGCAAUACCUUUAACCUUCUUGUGGUCUGUGAAGAUACCACAUAUUGGAUUAUCUACUUUAAAUCCACAUUCAAGCCCAUU